UGUCGUUGUGUCGUAUGUAAGUUUGCAACGAAGUAUACAAUACUGUCUGAUACUGUCAUUGUCGUUUAUCAUGCGUUCAAUAGUAUAAAUUCAAUAUAAAGGCGUUAACAUUUAUGUUACUUUAUACAUGCUUAAUGUAAAAUAAACAUUGUCUAAAAAUGUUACUACUCACGUGGGAGUCUGCAGAUAAAGUUGUAAGAAAGGAUAUUAUUAAACCAGGUAUAUUUUCUAAAACAGCGACUGAAUGUGCCAGAUGCAAUAUAAUUAUUGAAAAUAUAGAAGUCGACAAUAGAUCGACACAAGACAAAAACGAAAAGUUGAAUUCAAACGUACUUGAUGGUUUGAAUGAGAAAAGUUUAAUAAUAGGUGAAGCAGAUAAUGAAAUUGAUCGACAAAUUGAGAGAGCUCUUCAAAUGAUGCUGGUUUUAGAAAAAAGCUUAAUUACGAUUCGUGUGCCAUCAGAAGACAUAGAUAAGCAUUCAAUCAUCAAAGCUCAAAUAACAAUGAACCACAUAGAACCUCAUAAGCCAAUUUGGGAAUGGACACCAGAAGAGAAGUAUCAGAUAGCUUCUAGAUAUAAAGAGACUGGAGUCCAGUUAUUCAAAGAACAAAGGUGGGUUGAUGCAUUUUAUAGAUUUAGCAAAGCCUGUAAAAUUCUUAUAACACUAGAACCAAUAGCCGAUUUGGAAUUGGAUAAGAAAUUAGAAAACGAUAUCAACAACUUAAGGCUUCAAUUGUAUAAUAAUAUGGCUGGGUGUCAUUUGAAACGAAAAAACUAUGAAUAUACAGUGUCUCUAUGCACUAAAGUCUUAGAUAAAGAAAUUAAUAAUGUUAAAGCAUUAUAUAGAAGAGGUGUAGCAUAUGGGAACUUAAAAAACAUAGAAAGGGCCUUUUUGGAUCUAAGAAAUGCAUUUAAUUUAGAACCACACAACCCAACGAUAAAGCAGCAAUAUUUAAUAUAUGAUGCUAAAUGUCAAGAAGCAAAUAAGAAAUGUGAUGAUAUGAUAAGGAGAAUGUUUAAGGCAUGAAUUUUGGGGAUUAUCAGAGGACGUAUCAUUUUGUUAAUAAAAAAAUAUGUAUUUUUUAUUUUCAUUCACAAUAAUUUACAUUUCAGUUAGUUUAUUGUUUAGAAAUUACAGUGAAACAUU